AUGGGUUCCACUGCAUCCAAACCAACUGAAACCAAAGUGUUCACCCCGAAGGCCAACGUUGAACUGGGCUCUUCGUUAAUCAACGAGCUCGAGAAAUCACCAGAGACCGAUUACACACGCUCACAAUAUACGGAGAAGACGUUCCAGGCGGAGCUUGGGAAGAAGCUCGAUCAAUUGACGAAGGAGUCGCAGGAGAAGUUCGACAAGGAGUUGAAGUCUGCAGUGUUGACAAAGGACACCGACAAGGAUAAAUCGCUCUCCAGCAAAGAUAUCGCUACGAGACUGGAAAAGUUCCAAGAGUCGUUAUCCAAGAGACAAUCUAAGAUCUUUAAAGUCACCGAUGAGGUUGCAAAAGCCAAAGAUGACGUUGCCCAAUGCCUUCUAACCAAUAAGAAACAGCCGUUGAACUGCUGGGAUGAGGUUGCCAAGUUUGAACAGUUGGUUGCUCAGAUAAAUUAA